AGCAGAACGCUUGAGAGGAGAUUUUAAAAAAUGGAUAGUAAAGCAGGAUUGAGAGGAAAAGAAUGAAAUCUGUCUUUAUAAGCUUCUCAAGGGGAGCACUGUUUGAUCUGCAGCAUAUCCAAGUCCAUGAAGUAAACACUUUAGAAGAGCAAUAGAUUUCUAGGCUAUGGGAGAAAGAAAAAAAGUAACCUUGAAGUGUGAAAAAGUUUGGUUCAUUACUCAAGCUUAGUCCAAAUAGCUGCUCAUUGAUACGUCCACAGCUCAACUGCCUUGGAUCUUGUUUGACCUUGUCCAACCUGCUCAUGUUAUUGAUGAAGAAAUUGAGGCCCAUGGAGGGUGCAAAAGGGAAACCAGAGAACUCAAGCAAAGUGACUAAGGAGGCGGAGAAGAUGGGUCUACUCAGCAUAGACUUGUUGAUUACACUGCAAAUCCUGCCAGUUUUUUUCUCCAACUGCCUUUUCCUGGCUCUCUAUGACUCGGUCAUCCUCCUGAAGCACGUGGUGCUGCUGCUGAGCCGGUCCAAGUCCACUCGUGGCGAGUGGCGGCGCAUGCUGACCUCAGAAGGGCUACGCUGUGUUUGGAAAAGCUUUCUACUGGAUGCUUACAAACAGGUGAAAUUGGGUGGAGAUGCCCCUAAUUCCAGCGUAGUCCACAUUACCAGUACUGAGGUUGGGAAUGCUCAGCAGAGCAAUUCCAAGUGGAAGAGAUUUGAUGAAGGAUAUGGAGCUGAGUGCCAUCUCCUGGAUUUUGCCAACCCUGAGCGUCCCCUGGUUGUCAACUUUGGUUCAGCCACUUGACCACCAUUCACAAGCCAGCUACCAGCCUUUAGAAAACUGGUGGAAGAGUUCUCAACAGUGGCUGACUUCUUGUUGGUCUACAUUGAUGAAGCUCAUCCAUCAGAUGGUUGGGCGGUGCCUGGUAACUCCUCUGUGUCUUUCGAGGUGAAGAAACACCGGAACCAGGAAGACCGCUGUGCAGCAGCCCAUCAGCUCCUGGAGCGUUUCUCCUUGCCGCCCCAAUGCCAGGUGGUGGCUGACUGCAUGGAUAACAAUGCCAACAUAGCCUAUGGGGUAUCCUUUGAGCGUGUGUGUAUUGUGCAGAGACAAAAAAUUGCUUACUUAGGAGGGAAGGGCCCCUUUUUCUAUAAUCUUCAGGAAGUCCGACUUUGGCUAGAGAAGAACUUCAGCAAGAUGAAAUCCAGGUUAGCUGGAGGAAUCUGUGAGUUGCAUAGUGCCCUAUUAAAAAUAACAAAAAUGGAGGGGGGUGGGAAGAGAAGGAUAUACUAGAUCCACAAUUUCAACUGGAUCUCCUUUAUUCCCCCAUUGCAGGACAGCAGUUUUAAUAGCCACCUAAGAAGAAGAAUAAAACCAUCCCUAACAAACCAUCACUACUUCCCCUACCAAAUAAUAAUAAUAUGAUGAUGAUACCUGCCUAACCAUCAACCCCUUGCCACCUUUCCACUUUUGGAAAAAUGAGCCUAAGAUGAGCAGGAAGAACCUGUUUCAAGUGUCUCCAUCGUGCCUUGAGAUGGAAUUAAACAACUGGUGCUUGCUUUGGAAAAAAAAAAUGGGGAAAAAUUCAACCUGCACUAGAAAAAUGCCAGGGACAAAAGACUCUAUGAGAUAGGGAUUAUUAUCUUAAUUUUAUCCACCAUGAAUAGAAGACUAUUGGUAAAUCCCUAAGUAUUUGUUUACAGUGAGUCUGGGGGAAAAAGGUGGGCAGCUUCACAUGGUUGUUGUCCUGGUUUUUAGAAUGUUGGUGUCAUCUCUGACUCUAUCUCUCAGUUUGAGAUUCUGUAAGAUCACUGUAAGAUGCUGGCUAAAACAUCCAAGAAUUCUCAGGAUAUUUAGGGGUAGUAUUUGAGGACCUUCCCUCAGUUUGAGGGUUAUGGUUACUCUCUGGUCAAGAGGUGAAGUAGUUGUAGGAAGUACACUGGACUUGGAGUUUUAUUUCCUGAGUUAAAAUUCUGACUGUCAUUUACCAGUUGUGUGGUCUUUGGCAAGUCAUUGAAUGUUCCUGCUCCUCAGUUUCCUCAUCUCUAAACUGAGGGUGUUGGAGUAGAUAAUCUUCAAAGGCCCUAUAAUUCCUCUGAAAAUGACAAAUAGGGAAAGAGAAGGCUCAAAGAUCAGGAGACUACAAAGAGUUUUACUUUGAAGCAGCAGAGAGGAUAACUAGUUUUGAAUAAAAACACAUACCCACAAAUGAUAAAUUUUCCAGGCUAGAGAAAUUAGUUCUCCUGAAACCCAUCAGAGACCCCAUGAGUGGGAAACAAUUUAUUUAUUCUAUAAUGAGAGACAGUAAAAUGAAAGGUGGGUUUGCAUUUUAUGUGAAAUAAUUUGUCUGUAGGUUGUGUAUUUGGAGUGGGGGAAUAAAUAUACCAUGAUACCUCACUAAGCAUGAACUAGUGCCAUAGGUUUCUCUGUGGUUGCAACAGUGUCAGUUGUUGAAACAUUACAUAGCUCCACUCAUUCCUUGGCAUGGAAUACUUGUUGGUCUCUGUAAUGAUGUUCUAGAGGCUGAGCUGAAAACAAUUUACUCAUAUUUCAUGAAUCUUCUCAGAUGCCUUGCAGGGGAAUGAUUAUCUGGUUGCUCAAUUACAAUAUAGCCUUAUUGCCCCUCAAAAGUGGGUGAACAAGCAAGAAUGAUGGAAAUCCAUAAAUAUGGUUUCCUUAGAAACACAAGUGUCAAGUCAACAAGCAUUUGUUAAGUGCCUACAACAUGCCAGGCACUGUACUAAGUGCUUGAGAAGGUAAGAGACAGCGAGUUGAGGAUGAGUCCCAUCUGAAUAUAUCAGAACAUAUUUUUUUUAUAGUGCAAUCCACAACGACAGUCAUGGGCUUUGUUAUAGCAAAACCCCGAACUUUAUACACAAUUCAAAAUUGAUCUAUCUUGGACCCCCUCCACCAAGGGUUAGUCUAUAGAAUUACUCAGAAGACUGUUAUAUAGUGCAGUCUUCUGUACCACAUUGUUAUGUGCCAUAGAUGGAUUUUUAUAAAACUGCCAGGUUAUAUAUAACAUUUUAAGAAGAGACCUAUCAGUUUUCUUGAAGGUCAGAAUUUAGAGGAUAUUUAAAGGUUAGGUUUUAAAAUAAAAUGUGAACAGAAAUUUUUUUUUGUAAUUUUGAGAAUUUCAGAUUUCAGUAUGUCAAUAUUUAUGAAUACAACUUUUAGUUACUAGUAAUUUUAAAGAUCAACACAGAAACAAUAAGCUCAGGUGACUACAUCUGAAAAUAAGCAAGAAUAGGAAUUGAUUGCAAAAGACAAACCCGUCCUAUUGAGAAAAGACAGAAAUUCAAAGUACUGAAUUUGAAUAUCGCAAAAAUAGAGUUUCAAAAUUGGAAAACAAAAACCAGUACUGAAAUAUAGCUCAAACUUUUUUCCCUACCAAGUUACCUAAAUCAGCUAACUUUUUUGGUGUCUUAUAUACAUUACCAGAAUAGGUAAAUAGAAUUGCAAUACUCUAGUUAUUUAAUAAACUGCUAGUAAAUAGUAUUUUUUAAAAAUUAAUAUCAAAUGUUUAAAGAUUCAUGAAUUUUUCUCCCUUGGACGUUUUUUUUUUUGCAUUAAAAAAAUUGGUUCAUUUGCCCAGUUUCUUUGUUUUUCAAAAUGGGGUUAGGGUUUAUAUGGUGCCCUUAAGAGAUCUUAUAAAAUUCAGAGGCACUAUGUAAGUGAUGCUUUCCUUGGAGGUGUCUUCUUGUUUUUUCCUCUAUGUACAGAACUGGUAUAGUAUGUCAGAGAAGGUGGGGGGAGGGAAAGUGAGAUUCCAAGAAGGCAAUGCUCAUUGUCCAGAUAAAAGAGUGGAAGAAAAAUACUUCUGUGUUCUAGUUUUGCUACAGGUAUGUAGAAGGAAGUGUGGAAUAUCAUAGGUGAGUCUUUUUGCAGAAGAUGAGCAGUAAAGAACCGAGCAAUGGAAGUUAGUAAAUGAAUGUUAGGCCAAAUAUCAGGGGAAAAUGAUUUUUAAUGGGGAGAUACAUCUACAUAGAGCAGAUUCCCCAAGGAAGAGCAUAGAAACCCUACUGUUACACAAGGGUAAAAAAUGUAGCUAUGUAUAACCCAUUUCAUACCUCUUAACAAGUAUGACCCAAGAGGUUGCUUAUGUCUGUAUUAUUAUUCCCCUUGUUUACAGAACAUACUUCUGAUUAUUGCCACAGUUUAUUUUCAAACAUCCUAAUAAUCCUCUGGGAGAUGAAACAUCAUCUUUUUGGUGCUAAUCUUUCAUGUGUGUGUGUCUGUAUGUCAUACACACACACACACACACACACACACACACACUGCCACAACUGUGAUUUGGCAUCCAUCCUCUCACCUGAUCACUUUCCUUUGACAGGCCAUGUUUAUAUGGGGCUCUCGGUUUAAAUAUGUUAAGUGGAUUAGCUUGUAUGACAUUGAAAUCGUUUUCUAGCUACUUAAGACUUUGUUAGAGGCUAUGGAUUCAUAUUUUAUUCAAAGUUUCAAAGGUUUAUGGCUUAGAACUGUUUAAAACUUACUUUAUUACUUAGAAGAUUGACCAGGACUUUUUUCAAGUGGGCUUGAAUAAAAUGUCCAUCAAAUAAUGGCAGACAUUUUUAUAUGACAUUAAAAUAGCUCCUGACCUCACAAGAAGCAAAUAGAUAAGUAAUGGUCAUCCAGCUUAGCAUAUUGGAAGUGACAGUAAUUUGACUUAUGUGGCUAUCUUUUUGCCUGUUUUGAAUUUCCAGUACCAUGUCUUAACAUGUUCCUGAUUUUGGCCACCACUGCUUUUUUAAAUAUUCUAAUCAUCUGGUAAAGCAAACCGUUACUCUACCGAAUCAUUCCCAGUCCUGAUAAUGUAGAAAAGACCCUCAUUCUGUCCCUUACAGAUUCCUGCUCCCAGUCUGGGCUCAUAGAUGGAAGUGAUGAAAUAGAUUGUUGUUUUUUAAAUAGCCUAUGGUGUCAUAAGGUUGGAGAUAAAAAACUUGUAGGAUUUGCUUAGGUCCCUUCUGUACAUAUCUUCUAUGGACUAUGGAUAUGGAGGCCAGUUCUACUCCUGGGAAUACAAAAGAAUGAGGCUCUUCCUUCUGUGAACCUAAGGAAGAUUUCGCUCUCUAGAGCUGAGACAAACCUUAUCUCUGAUUCAUCCAUCUCAGAAUUUCAUGUAAGCUCUCUUCUACAGUUAAGGGAAUGAUGAAAAAGUGAACAUUUAGAGUUCCUUAGAAUCUGACCGUGUCAUUUUUCUCAAUAGUGGUGGUUGGCAGUGAGAAUCUUAAAAAAUGAGACGGUCACAGAUGGAAUAAUUGUUUUUGGUUGUGCCUCACCUCCUGCCAUUAAAUUAAGGAAAAUCAAAGCCAUUUUGCUCACAUUGCAUAGUCUCACUAUUUCCAUAUGUAUCUCCCACUCUGUGAUGGGAGUUCCCUUAAAAUUGCAGAAGAGCUCUUCAGGGGAAGGGUAUUGGAGAAAAGAGCUGGGAGAGGGAGGAACUGUUUGGUGGGUGAACACCCAAGCUCCUAGCUCAGUAGAGGUAAGCAAAAAGUAUUUCUCACAUCACUCCGCUAAGCCUAAAUGAGGCAGACUGGGUUUAAGAAUUAGUGGUUUUCUGAUACCCGAGUUAUCAGUCAUUGCCAGAAGCAAUGUCUCUGAGCAGACAGAGGCUGUUCUGUUCUGUUCUGAAACAAGACUGAACUAAUAGAAUGUCAUUUCUUACAGAGGUUUAAAUAAGUUUAUUUGUGGAGUAAUACUGACUCUGGGUGGCAGUACCAAGGGUUUAAGGGGAGUAUUUAUUAUUUAGUGAUUAGAUGUUGGAGUCUAUACAAAGGUUUAAUGAAGUCACUAUUUGGUUCCACUAAUAAUGACAAUAAUUUUUAAAAUGUGAAUAAAUAAAACACAAGCAAAUUAAUGAAAGAAACCCACAGAGAGAAGUUUCCCAAGUCUUGGGCAAGCUACAUCACUGGAUGACAUUGUUUCAAUGUGAUUGGGGGUUGGGAGCAGCAUUGAAGACAUACGCAUUCAGUACUACAUAACCAAAGCAAUGAAAGGUAUUGGGUAGGGAAUACUGGCCAGUGUUUUUCAGUUGUGUGCCACGUAACCACAGUCUUCAUAAUCACUAGCCCAAGCUUUUGGGCACCGAAAGUGGGAGACCAAGCUGUGGAAGGGCUGCCAGUGUGUAAAUGAUGACCCCUAACAAAAGAGUCAAUCACUCCGUUAGAGGUUGGAUGUAGUCACAGUGGCUUGCUGUUCUCUGCCUUGGAGUAUCCCUAGCAAGGAGAUGAAUUUGGUCUGUGAUAUUAUGAAGACUUGGUAAACAUGGUGAGGACACAAGUGUAUGUAUGUUUGUGCAUGUUUGUAUGUGUGUGUCUCUGCUUAUCCAUGGUGGAAACAAUUGCUUUGCAGAAUGUCAGCAAGAAAUAUGUUACAAUACUGGUGCUGAGUGGAAUGCGUGCUUUAAAACAAUUCCUUGUAUUUUAAUAAAACCUUAA